AUGUCCUCUCCAUCCGCACCACCGUUCCCCCACCCACAUCCACAUCCAACCUGGACCAUCCAACCCGUGACACACUCCACCACAAACGAAGUAGUAACCUUCAUCAACAAAGCGCGCCGCACCCUCUUCCCAAACCUCCAGCUCAACAACGCCCCACUCCCAAAUGACGUAGCCCGCACCCUCAAGCGCGGCGUCUUCCUCACCGCGCGCCCCACUUCACAGCAUGACAAAAACGCGCUAAUCGCCGUUGUCGGCUAUGUCCCAUACGACUACAGCUUUCCACAACUCGCGCUGCACGGCCCCGGAAUAGUCGAAGUCGUGCGCUUGUUCGUGGUCCCUGAGUAUCGACGCUGCGGCUUGGCGAGUGCGUUGUUCGGUGCGUUGGAGGAGGUGGCAAGGCAGAGCGGCGUGCAGUGCUUGUAUUUGCAUACGCAUCCGUUUCUACCGGGCGCGGUGCGGUUUUGGGAGAAGAUGGGGUUUGAGGUUAGGGAUGUGGAGGAUGAUCCGGUUUGGAGGACGACGCAUAUGUUGAUGGGGAUUGAGUCUGGGGUGUCGUUGCGGGAGGAGAAGGAAGAAGAUUGAAAGGGGUUUGGGUUUGAUGAGCUGCUGAUGAGUUUUGUGUGGUUUGUGGCUGGGAGGUUUUCCUGCAUUCAGUUUUGUGUGGG